AGGGAAGCUAGAGAGAGGCUCUACAGUUGAGUGGUGAGACACUCCUAGCGGAGAGGACAGUAUAAAGGGAUUUCUCAGAAACGCUGUUCACUUUAAAACGAAAGUGAAACGGAUAAUUUUACAGGAAUCACUCGUUGUGUUAGUGUAGUUUAUGGCCUGAACGUUUAUUUAGCUCCUUACCGAACAGCAGCGGACAGAUGAUCAAACCAACAAGGAGAGAGAGGACGUGAAAAACAAUGUGGAUAAUACUAUAACGUCAGAUUACCGCGCCUUCCCUCUACUAGUUUGGACGUCUAUUGAUGAUCAAGAACAGGAUUAAUACCGCUGUGAUUCGGUUUAAAAACUCGAUUCUGAUUCGGAAAAUAUAAAAAGUGCAACAGAAAAAAAACGACAUUGCACUCGUUUUGCAAAACGGAGGCUCACAGUCGACUGAAGGACGUUGCCACGGGAACAUUCUUGAUCCGGGACAGUCGUCAGAAAGACGUCUUCUUCACSUUGUCCUAUCGCGCCGCCAGCGGCCCGGUCAGCGUACGCAUCAUCUAUAAGGGACAGCYGUUCAGCCUGGCAGGAAGUGAYCACUCUUUCCCCUGCCUCUUCCUCCUACUGGAACACUACAUGAKUUCCUCMAAGAAAAGCCUGACUGUCCCGUACAGGAAGCAGCGCCCGACGCUCCAGGAGCUGUGCAGGAAACAGGUCGUGGAGACGUGCGGCGGCGAGGUGGAGCGGGUCGCGAGGGUCCCCGUCAACCCAGUCCUGAAACACUUCCUGUUAGAGUUCCCGUACAGGAUAUGAUGUCACAAGGGGGAUGCCGUUGAGGCGGGACUUGGCUAACGGAGAGUUGAGACUCCAUGGAGUUUCGGGACAAAAAAAAAAUGAUUUGGAUCGGGUCGGUACUUAAGAAUUUUUGGGGUCGGGUUUGCUUUGAAACUAGAGACCCGGGUCGUGGUUAGAAACGAGGUCAGAGUUCAAAAACCCGCACCCUAUUCUCUAAACGGUGCACUACUUGGACAGGGUCAUAGGUCACACUUGGUCUGGGUUGGGUUUAUCCGGGUCGGUGGGUCCCUGGAGGACCGUAUGUGGACAACAACAACA